AUGGCGGUCCCUCUUCUCGACAAGAAGAUCAUUAAGAAGAGAGUGAAGAAAUUUAAGAGGCCCCAGAGCGAUCGGUUUGUUUCUGUUAAGCCAAACUGGCGUAGGCCCAAGGGUAUCGACUCCCGUGUUAGGAGAAAGUUUAAGGGUUCCACCUUGAUGCCCAACAUUGGAUACGGGUCUGACAAGAAAACCCGCCACUAUCUUCCGAAUGGAUUUAAGAAGUUUCUUGUCCAUAAUGUCAAAGAGCUCGAGCUACUGCUGAUGCACAACAGGACUUACUGUGCUGAAAUUGCUCACAAUAUAUCUACUAAAAAGCGGAAAGAGAUUGUGGAGCGUGCAGCUCAGCUUGAUGUUGUUGUUACUAACAAGCUUGCCAGGCUUCGUAGCCAAGAGGAUGAAUGA